UAUAUAUAUGGUUUCUAGUAUUUUUGUAUAGACAUAGAACGAAAGCUGGCCGUUCUCAAUUCGGGAUCAGAUUUUUCAUGCUUUUCACAGGUUGCUGUGGAUCUCAUAAGUGAAUAUGCAUCCUCCUCUAACUUUGCAUAAGCACCCGAUGUGUGCUGAAAUUAUUGAGGAGUUUCAAAAGUGUCAUCUAGACCAUCCCAUUGCAAAAUUUUUGGGUGAAUGCACAGAUCUCAAAAUUAAGCUUGAUCGAUGUUUCAGGCAGGAAAAAGCUCUGAAACGAAAGGCAAACUUUGAGCAGAGUAAAAAAAUGAAGGAAAGGCUAGAUGCUUUAAGAAAGGAAAACGCUUUAUGAAGUAGUUAGGAUAUGGCACUCAUGGAAAGUGUUUCAAGACGAAACAUUUAACUAAUAAGACAUCGAGAUUGGGAAGAUAUGUAAAUUCAUUACAGAAAUCUAGAAAUUUGUUGCCAGUUUCAAUGGUUGAAGACUUUGAAUGACUCCAGAGUGUGGAAGAGAGAAAUUUUAGUUUCAACACAAAACUUGUAGAUUGUGAAGCUGGUGUCGAGCAAAACUGCAGUUUUGGUUGGGAAAUUCAAUUUUAUAAGGCUGGUUCUCAUAUGGGAAUAUACUUUGUAUGCUUGAAAACUGGCCAUAAAUAUAAUCUUAAUCAUGUUUAGUUGACAUAUUUCUGGUCUCCAGCUAUAAUUGUGACGAAACGAAUGCGAAAGAUUUGCCCCUUGCAUACAA